AUGUUGGCUAGGGUUUUCAGAUCUGAAUCAUCAUCCUCCUCUGUUGGUGCUUCCGCUAGAUUGAUAAGCAGCAGCAGCACGAGAUUCAUCCAUCGUCGCGUCGCUCAUAAAGGUACGGUUUCAUCAAAGCGUAUACCUUUCGAAGGAGAGAGUUUGAGAUUAGGAACUGUUUCUCAUUAUAUCGAAACCUUAGAUAAUGCGAUUGAAUUGUUCGAUGAUAUGGUUCGAUCUCGUUCCUUCUAUUCGGCUGUUGAUUUCAAUAAACUUAUGUGUGUCAUCGUCAGAAUGAAUCGUCCCGAUGUUGUGAUUUCUCUCUAUCAGAAGAUGGAACUGUUGUUACCUGAUGAUCUCUCAGUUGAUAUCUACAGCUUCAAUAUUCUGAUUAAAUGUUUCUGCAGCUGUCAUGAAUUGUAUUUUGCUUUGUCCACUUUGGGGAAGAUCAGUAAACUUGGUUUUCAUCCUGAUGUUGUUACGUUUAACACGCUGAUUCAUGGGUUAUGUCUCCAAGAUCAGAUUUCUGAAGCCUUGGCUUUGCUUGAUCGAAUGGUGGAAGAAGGUCAUCAACCUAACCGGAUAACUUACGGAACUAUUGUUAAUGGAAUGUGUAAGAUGGGUGACACUGACUCUGCCUUGAAUCUGCUUACGAAUAUGGAGGAAAGCCACAUCACACCCCAUACUGCUAUCUAUAACUCCAUCAUUGAUCGUCUUUGCAAAGACGGGCGGUACAGCGAUGCUCAGAAUCUUUUCACUGAAAUGCAGGAGAAAAGGAUUUUUCCCAAUGUGAUUACUUACAGUUGUAUGAUACAUUGUUGUUGUCUCUCGGGUAGAUGGAGUGAUGCUGAGGGACUUCUCCGUGAUAUGAUUGAAAAGCGAAUCAAUCCUAACGUUUUCACUUUCAAUACUUUGGUUUAUGCGUUUGUCAACGAAGGGAAGUUCUCUGAGGCUCAAGAGUUAUACGAGGAGAUGCUCCUUAGGGAUAUAACUCCUAAUGCAGUUACCUAUAGUUCAAUCAUCAGUGGGCUUUGCAAACGUAACCGUCUAGAUGAUGCCAAGCGCAUGUUUGAUUUGAUGGAAACCAAGGGCUGCUCUCCGGACGUAGUCACUUUCACUACUCUCAUAGACGGAUGCUGUAGGGCUAAGAGGGUAGAUGACGGAGUGGAACUUCUCCGUGAGAUGUCUAGAAGAGGAGUAGUUCCUGAUAUAUUUACUUAUAGCACUCUUAUUCACGGGUUCUGUCAGUUGGGCGACCUUAAUGCUGCUCAAGACCUUCUCAGUGAAAUGAUUUCUCGUGGUUUGCGCCCUAAUGUCGUAACUCAUAGCAUUGUGUUGCAUGGUUUUUGUGUUAAUGGUAAGCCUGAAAAGGCGUGGAAAUUAUUUAAGGCCAUGCAAAAGAGUAAUAUGGUCCUUGAUAUUCGUGCUUAUAACAUCAUGAUCCAUGGAAUGUGCAAGGCUAGUAAGGUGGACGAAGCAUGGCAUUUAUUCACUAGUCUCCCCCUCAGUGGUUUGCAACCUGAUGUUCAAACUUACAGUAUAUUGAUCAAUGGAUUUUGUGGGAAAGGUGUAAAGCAGGAAGCAGAUGCUCUGUUUAGAAAAAUGAAAGAAGAUGGGACUCUCCCAAAUGACUCUACAUAUAAUACGCUGAUCCGGGCACAUCUUCGAGAUGGUGACACAGCCACAUCAGCAGAACUCAUCAAAGAAAUGAGGAGUUGCGGGUUUGCUGGAGAUGCUUCAACCUUUGGCUUGGUCACUAGUAUGUUACAUGAUGGGAGAUUGGACAAACGCUUUUUGGACAUGCUUUCUUAAACAGUUCAAUCAUCCUCAGAGAGAAGUUGUGUGGUAAAUUAACACUUUUUUUUGCUAGUCUAAUGACAACUUUUUAUCCUCUGCAUAUACUUUUAUGUUCCUGCCUUGUCUAUGUUUCAUGAAUUUGACGAUCUAAAUAUUGUCCAUGUAGGUUUCAGACAAGAGUUGAUCCACACUUGUUAACGCAAGAAGAUCAGUAACUAGAACUCAAAGAAGCCCCCUUCAAGAAGAUUUCAGAUUUUUAAAGAUGUGUAUGCCACCUCUCUUUGUCCAUAUAUAUGUCUCAGGGAUACGAUCUCAAUUUCAAAUGACAUGAUGAUGAAAAUUUGAGGUGUGAAGACUUCAUUGCGGCUAUGGGUGAUGCAUACAUUUUCUUAUGAGAAUUACUGUUUUCAUGCUUCUGAGGACAUAGAGUAGUUUAAGUAAUCCCAAGCUGUCAAAAAGUGGUUUUGUCUGCAAUGCUGUAGCUUGUACGUUCUCUUUGAAAUUCUAUGUUAUGUUUCUUCUUGUGUCUAAUCUUUGUGCCAUAUUCGAGUUACAAGAUUAAUUACUGACUUAAUGCCUUGCCAUUAUUGUUUGACCUUUAUUGGUUUUACGCUGUUGACACAUUGGAGUGCUCUCUAUUAGUAAUUUAACCACACCCUGCUUCAUACACUUCAUACACUUAUUUAUAUUAAGAGUAGACUAUAUAUAGAACAUGUUAUAUAGUAAUAAGCGCAAGCGAAAACAACAACCUCGAAGAGAAAGUAAAGUGCUUUAGUAUGCACCACAUCUCUGAUUAUUUAGAGAAGGUAAGACAAGAAAUUUUUUAAAUAAAAAAAAAA